AUGACCUUCGAAUUGGACCCCCGUGUCUCGACUGAGGCUGGCUGUAUCGCAGUCUGUGGUCUGGCUUUGACUACGCACCAGCUGUUCAGACGUCUUGAGACCUACUCCAUUGCCGUGCACCUCCUGCUUCUCACUGCCCCCCCUCUGAUCGGUUCUGGUCUCUUGGGAUUCACCCUGCCGCUAUUCUAUGCGAUCGUCGCCUCUCUCACGCUCUUCUACUCAACUUUGCUAACGUCCGUCGUGCUCUAUCGCUUGUCACCGUUCCAUCCUCUUGCGCGGUAUCCCGGACCUCUGCCAUGCAGGCUGACCAAGUUCUGGAUGGCCCGCAUCGGAUUGAACGGCGAUCAACACACGUACAUGAAGGAGCUUCACGAUCUAUACGGCGAUGUAGUUAGGACAGGCCCAAACGAGCUGUCUUUCAGAGACCCAUCAAUUCUCAGCGCAAUGCUGGGACCGUCUGGAGUCCCCAAAGGACCGUUGAUGGUCGGUCGUAUCCGUACCACCACAAACCUGCCCCUCCCCGGUAUAAUGGACACCGCUGUGCACCACGAGCGGCGAAAGCCGUGGAGUCGCGCAUUCAGCGCUGCCGCUCUGAAGGAAUAUGAGCCACGGGUCUCCAACAGAGCGAACCAACUUAUCGAGGUUUUGGAACGCCAGAAAGGGGAGGUGUCCUUGGGUGUAUACAUCAACUACUUCGCGUGCGUUCAUUUGUUUCGCUUGAUGUUGGUGGAGCUGACGUGGGCAUAUAUAUUCUGCAGAUACGACUUCAUGUGUGAUAUGGCUUAUGGCGGCGGCUCUGAACUGAUGCGCGACGGGGACAAGGACGGGAUCUGGGAUACGAUGGGCGCUGGAUCACCGCCAGCCACAUUCAUCGGCCACGUCCCGUGGUUCGGAAUGUAUGCUGCGCGCCUCCCGUUCAUGUCUAGGCCUGGCAAGCGCAUGGGUGUGCAUUGCCGAGAGUUUACUCUGCGGCGCCUCCAACGUGGCUCGGAACGCAAGGACGUCUUCCACUAUCUGAGCAACGAAGACCUUCCCGACAGAGCCCCGCCCCCGGAGAUUCAGCUCGUCAGCGACGGCAUCCUCGCGAUCAUCGCAGGCGCGGACACGACUUCAAGCGGACUGACAAGUCUCUUCUUCUGCCUCGCAACGCAUCCGGACGCAUACAAGCGUCUCCAGGCCGAAGUCGAUCAGUUCUAUCCCCCAGGCGAUAAUCCCUGUGACCCGAAGCACUACCGCGAUAUGCACUACCUCACUGCCGCUAUCAACGAGACUUUGCGUCUCUAUCCACCCGUACCUACCGGCACCCAACGCCAGGUUCCGCAUCGCGGCCAAGGUGUCAUGCUCGGGUCGAACUACGUCCCGCCGGGCACCGCGCUGUACCUUCCGCCCUGGUCACUCCACCGCGACCCACGUAACUUCGCGCCCUUCACCGAGGGCUUCUGGCCCGAGCGCUGGCUGCUGGCUACGGGACGCGCGCCAGCUUCCGAAAAGACGGGGAUGGACUUCGUGCACAACGACGCCGCGUUCCUCCCGUUCUCUCACGGACCCGCGAACUGCGUCGGGCGGCCGAUGGCGAUGCAGGAAAUGCGUGCAGUCGCAUGUGCGGUCGUGCAGAAGUUCGAGGUGCGGUUGAGGGCGGGGUGGGACCCUAGUGCGUAUGAGGAAGGCUUCAAGGACUUCUUCAUGACGCGGCGGCCGGCGCUGCCUGUUACGCUGCACCCGCGGUUCUAACAGUGCCAUCGCACUCGUAGGACACCGAAGUUUCACUCCCAAUCGGCAAGCACAAGUUGAAGCAACCGACAGUCUCUAUGUGGGACCAACGCUAUUUAUUGUACACGAGUAACAGGACGGAGUAUAUAUAGAAAUACAAGAAAUCAACAGAACGCUGCU